AUCGAUCGAUUGCGCAGAGCAUUCGUGCUGCGCUUGCCGUUUCCGCGGGUUCGUUCCCUGAAGGAGUAGUGUUGGUCCGCUGAAGCCUCUCGCUGCAUCAUCAUCACAACACACAACGGUGUCUGUCGUGCGUGUGCCGUUUCGUUUCGUAUCCGCGGACCCGCGUGCUGUGCGUUUGUCAGUUGACACGGGCCGGACACGGCGGACAGUUCGAAUUGCGCCCUCCGUUCGGACAAACGCCACGCGACCUAGUAGAACCCGAAACCGUGCUUACUACCGUGGACGUGUGGACGUGUGUGUGUAGUACAGCAGUAGUACCCGGAUGUAAUACUGCACCCUCCGAGUGUCGAUCAAACAGAAUAUUGUGGUGAAUCUAUCGUUUAAAUGUGUGCUUGUGUCGGUGUGUGAGUGCCAAAUAAAGAUGCUCAGAAAUUCUGAGAAUCAAGUGUCAAAAUCACGGCACCCCGCUGAGUCAUCCUGUUUUGCUGUUAUCAGUGCAUCCAAGUAGACUACACCAAAUUUCAUUUUACGACGUACUAGAUUGAAUCACUGCAGAGUUAUCUACCAUACUAUCUUGCGAAAGAAGGAUACCGAGAACGCUUGGAAGUUAAAUCUCAAGAACCAAAGGUGUGUUUUCUCGUAAUGUUAAUCUCCUCGGCAGAUCUCCUCCAGCAAUACUUAUACCAAACAAGGUGAACAACAGCACGAGCAUAUGGUGGAAACAAUAGGGAGUUAAACAGCAAAUAGCGUGCCAAAGCUAUCUUACCAACAGUUUCCAUCAAAACGUCUCAACUGACGGCUAGUGAACGGGACACGCGCAAAUCUAGCGACCACGUCUGUACGCGGCACUCUUGCCACUCUGUAACCUGUCCCUCGUACUGCUAGACGGGCAGUCAGCCUACCUUACACAACACCUUAAUCUCCCACACUUCAAGCUGCAUUACUUAAGCGUGAUACUUUAAUGUGCCUUUUCCAGCUCCGAAAGCCAAGAGCGCGAAAACUACAACAAAACACACCACCACCACGACCAGACAUAUCCCGACCGAGAGCACUGGGGAGAUCAAAUCGGCGCUAAAUUGGAUGCAUAAAUUUGUCGUGAUAAAGUGUAUGUAAGUGUGUGUGUGUGUGUGUGUCAGUGAGUUAGAGGUGUGUGUUCUUUCACAAUACAAAUUUUCCCACUAGCCAUCAAGUACAAGAACUACUGCUGUCGAGUUGUGGCCAUUCGGAAAGCAGCGUGAUUCUCAGUGAACGUGAUUAACAAGUGAGACUAUUCGGAAAACCUUUUACGUAAAAAAACAAAGCUCAGUAGCUCAGUUCCUCGCCACACCGCAGUUCCCACGUGUUGUAGUGAGUUGUUUUGUUGCCUGUGCAAGAAGUGUUGUGUCAGUCAAGGUGUGUGUUUAAGGACUAUCGAAAGGUGUGCGAACCUGUGCGCGUGUGUGUAAUUGUGUGAAAGAAACUGCUACAUUCGGCGUAAGAUUCACCAGCAAAACCGGACCUUCGGACAACCAGGACCAGCUAGCUAGAAUAUCCUCUGCGACAUGAUUAUGGUAAGCCGGCAAUGAAAGCAUAAUUCACGAACCAGACCACCUAACACCACUCGGAACAUACGAAAAAAAAGAACAUCCAAAGCGAUUGAAUGCCUCGUGCCGACCAUCGAAUACAAAUUCUUACCUUGCGUACUUCGUGCGCGUGAUUUGGCACGAUAGAAAUAAAGCAAAAUAAUCGGUAAACAGUCGGUGCGUGCGCCGUCAGAUAAAAAAGGGAGGGUCGGAAAGGACGAAAGGUUACGGAGGAAAAAUCGUGAGCUGAAGAGGAAGAGGAUAAGGAACACCCAGUUUCAGGUGGAAACCGAGUAAAGGAAACCGUGGUGUGCAAAGCGCUGUGCGGGUAAUCACUGUAAUCGACGCGUGGAUUAAUGUGUCCAAAAAAGGGGGGACCCAGAAACACGUGCUUUAGAAGCAGAUUUCACACAAGCAACCGAUUUCUUUAAAGAAUCGCUUAGCAGACGGUAAUGGAAGUGUGCAGUGUGGGAAGAGUACCCUUACCUCACGCCACAAUCGGUUGAAAGAUAAAAGAAAACUGCUCGUCUCGUUUACCAAAACCACAAACAAGCUAAAAAACCGCCGAAAAAAAAAGACAAACAACCCCGCAAGCUAGCCCCUAGCUCUGCCCAGCGCAACGUACAACAUUGGCAGCAUAACUGCCGCCCCCAGCAUAAACCUUAGCGGCCGUAACAGCCGCCGUCGGUUUGGCCGCCCCACAGGAGCAUGACAUUUCGCUGCGUUCCUCCGUACGACGCUAGCGCACAAUGGACACUCACACCGUCCCUACAAUCACAGCUGGAGCGGCUCACUAGUCAUGGAGGCAUAGGACUGUCGAGCGGAAGUCCUGCAUACUCAGCGCACACCGGCGGCCACACGGGGAGAAACGGCCCAGCGAGCGGACACAGCGGUAGCCACGGCGGUUCACACGGUCCCGGUCCGACCAUGCAUCACCAGACGCUCCAGUCCGACUUCCAGCCGCCCUACUUCCCGCCACCCUUCCACCAUACCACCCAAAGCCCACCGCAGCAACAGAACCACGGUCUCGACUAUCUCAGUACGGAUCCGUACGGGCAGCCACUGUCCUCGCUACAUCAUGCGCCCCUGCAUCACUACAAUCAGCUGGCCGGGCUAAGACCGUCACAGGAACAGCUCGGACUACAUCGAUCUCACCGCGAGUCCGAACUGCAACAGCACGUGACGCAACUGUCACACGGCUUCCCGUACUCGGACCGGCGCAGCGACUACAGCGGCUCGAUCGGAUCCGGUGCCGGUGCAACCCGGCUCGGUGCCCACGAACACGAUCCGCUCGCACUGCACCAAGCCCUCCAGAGUGCCGUCGACGAUGGGCAGAAUCCGGUGAUAGACGAGAACGCGGGCUUUAUGAGCGAUCUGCCACUGCUCAAAAACUUCCCCAUCACCGAUAUCAAAAAGGAUAGCAGCCAAAUCAAUCUCGGUUCGCCGAGCGACGUGUUCUGUUCCGUGCCCGGGCGGUUAAGUCUACUAUCGAGCACCUCAAAAUACAAAGUAACCGUAGCGGAAGUGCAGCGCCGACUAUCACCACCCGAGUGUCUGAAUGCGUCCCUGCUAGGAGGCGUACUGAGACGAGCGAAGAGUAAAAACGGGGGACGGUUGCUGAGGGAAAAGUUGGAAAAGAUUGGUCUGAACCUACCGGCCGGUAGGCGUAAGGCGGCGAACGUUACCCUGCUGACGUCGUUGGUCGAGGGUGAAGCAAUCCAUCUGGCGCGUGACUUUGGGUACGUGUGUGAAACGGAGUUCCCGGCCCGUCAGGUGGCGGAGUAUCUGUCCCGCCAGUACUCGGAACCGCAGGAGUCGUACCGGCGGAAGGAGCUGCUGCUCAACACGAAACAGGUCACGAAGGAGCUAAUGGACCUGCUGAAUCAGGACCGGUCGCCGCUCUGCAAUACCAGACCCCAGCACAUCCUGGACCCCUCGAUACAGCGACACCUGACGCACUUCUCGCUGAUCUCACACGGUUUCGGUUCGCCGGCCAUCGUAGCCGCACUGACAGCAAUACAGAACUAUCUAAACGAAUCGAUCAAGCAUCUGGACAAGAUGUACCCGGGCAAUGGUGGCAGUAUGGUCACGUCCUCGCUAGACAAGAACAAAAUGGAAAACGACAAGAAAUGACAGUUAUAAAAUUAUCUGUUCACUAAAAUUGAUCGAUUUUAGUGCGUGGGAACAAAACACAAAACCCGAAAACCUGAGCCGGUGGCUCGCUUGCUGGUGGCAGAAAAACGUACACGGGGAACGUUGCUUAACGAUCUACGAGGCGCUAAAAGAUCCGAUGAUUAACGGGAAGACAAAAUAGCAAAAAACAAAAAAUCGGUGUGCCAAGUGUUUAAGAGAAGUGAUGAUCCCUUCAUUCCCUCACGCAAUAACUGAGUUCUUCGAAGUUGUAUAUUGUUCAUGGUACGAGCAGGGCAGGGUUAGUACAUUGUGAUUGCAAAGUAUAUAAAACAAGCACAAACCAGGACGAAAUGGAUGGACAAGAACACAUGUUUUUUAAGAACGAGAUUUCACUCAACACGAUCCACGCAUCACUCGGUGAAAUCACUCGGCAACAAGAAGCAAAUGAGAGGAAAAGAGCUACACACAAAAAAAUGUAAAAAAGGUUUAAUAAUUGCGUUAGUUAACUUUAAAGCGUGUACCGGGGGGAAGGGCGAAACUCUUCGUACAGUGUCGAUCGUCGGUAUUAUUUUUUAGUUGUUUUGUUUUGAUUUUAAAUUCCACCUGGACCCGGUUUGUUUUGGUUCUUGGUUCCAUCCUUUUUUCUAUUUGUACGAGUACGGUAUAAGCAAUAGCAUAAGUCACGAACGAGUAUUAUACUUAGGUUUUUUUUUUAUUUCCAUUCCCAUCAUACGUUCCCCGAUUACCCACCUCCCCACCUUAUUGUCGUUGAUAGGGCUUGAUCUUCCUUGUGAUAAAGGUAUUAUUUAAAUGUGUAUCUAACCCCUAGCUCAAAGAUAGUAUUCGGUUAAUCGAGAACAUACGCAUACAGCAGUGAGGCUUGCACAAGCGCAAAGCGAACGAAGAGAAAGAAUGAAGCGGACAAGUGAAUCAGAAGAAGAGAAGUACUUAUUAACUCGUCCACCGAAAUUGGCACCUGCUCACAAAUUUCUUCCCUUUGCCCAUACAAAACCACUCGCACGCACUCAAGCACCGGGAGUUAUUUUAUUGCUGACCACUAACAGUGAACAAAUGUGCCAAAAUUGACGCUUUCGGUUGAUUAUGCCUGUCAAAUCUGUUUUACAUUCCAACGCCAUACUAAUCCCAUCAAAAUUCUUGUGCCAAAAUCGACUCUCUCUCUCUAUCUCUCACACUCUCCCGAUGGUGAGAAAGGGAAGAGAAAGACACCCUUUGACACCCCUAUUCCGUGUUGCGCUACAGUUUCGCUAGAGGGUCGAGUGAGUUGCUACUAAAAACAUCGCCAAUAUCAUCGAAUAGUGCCAUCGCUACUGAAACGUCCCAUUUUCUUUUUGUCCUUUCGUGUACGUGCGUGCGUGUUCGGGUUUGUUCUCUGGUUCUCUUUGUCCGUUAAAGCACCACCAGCGAGGAUCGCAAUUCUUUGCCAUAAGAACUAAACUGGGCACUGUUUAGUCGCCCGCUGCAUGCCAAAAUCAGAUGCUGCACAUAUCUCUUCCAAUGACCUCCCUCCUCCCUAUCUUGGAAAGGGUCUUUAGAUAAUUAAUCAACCAAGAAAGUAAGCUAAAAUCGCACUCCCGGUCGAACCAAAAACACCUCCCGUGCUGUAGUUGUACAUUCUGGACGGUGGAACCAUAACACUUUACACACGGGUGGACCGGUAUUGGCCAAUUCGGUCGGGUUUACGAGCACACGUGUUUGUGUGAGUGUGUGUGUAAUCUGUACAAAGGCAAACUAGAAUCAAAUAAUUUACUACUACUAGCUCGCUAGCUACAAUUCGCGACCGCUGUACAGCCACGAAUUAGGGAAGGAAGCUUCGCAAGCAAUUAUAACAACAACAAAAAAUGUACACGAUUGGGUAACAGUUCGAACGGGCUAAAUUUGAAUCAGCAAUCGUUUCAAAUUUCACAUCAUUCCAUUUUACGGCAUAUCCUUAGUAAGAUAUUUAACGCGAUCAGCAACGCACCCACUGCAUGUAUCAGUAAAUAUAUACACAUACACGUACACCGUAAAGAAAGGUGUGCGUGUGUGGGUAUGCGCGUGCACAAACCAAUCGUUUUGCAAUGGUUUAUAAAUUUAUGUAAGCAUACAGCAUCAAAACAUCAUACACGCAAAAUGAAACGGCGACCGAAAUUUCACCUGUCCAUAUGUGCACAAAAGGGAGCGUCAAUAAAAAUAAAUGAAAAUAAAAACCAUCCUGGAUAAAACACACGAAAAAAA